GUGGAAAUUAGCUCUCCUUAAUGAUCUCUCUGAAUAUAAACCAUUAUUUGAAAAAGAGAAAAGGCAUCAAAUAUUUGUUGAUCAGAAACUUGAUAUUCAAGAGAUGAUUAUACCUGGAGUUUGGAUUUUAGAAAAAAUUUUAUGCUUUGAAUUGGGGUUUUACCAAUUUAUUAUAAUAGAUAUAG